CCCUGGUCGGAAGCCGCGGCUCUAAAAGCAAGAGCCCUUUCACACGGAGCCGGAAGUUGGAGAGCGCGGAGCUGAGGUCCCCGAGCGGCGCCAAAGCGUCCUUCUAGAAUUCAUUCUUUGCCUGAGUGCUUUCUUCCCUUCAUCUCAUACAUUUGAAAUUUUCUUUGACCUCUGAAGACUUGUGUUGCCUGAGGAAGCCCUGAAGUUGAGGAAGAGGAAAGAAAAGGAGUGAGGCAUGGCUCUUUGUCAGGAACGACUGACCUCUGAGGAUGUGGCCAUCAAAUUCACUCAGGAGGAGUGGGAAUUCCUGGAUCCUGCUCAGAGGGCCUUGUACAGGGACGUGAUGCUGGAGACCUAUAGGAACCUGCUGUCUGUGGAUAUCUCUCCUACACAUGUGAUCAAGGAUUUACAACCCAAAGUGAACAGUGAUAAACGAGAAACAUUCCAAACAUUGAUGCUGGGAAGACCUAAAAGCUGUGAAAUCAAACAUGUUCAUCUUUGGGAAAGUCAGGAAAAUAUGUGUGACUUUGAGUGUCAGGGGAGAGAUGACAAAAGAAAUUACAAAGGCACACCUGUAAGCCUUAAUGGAAGUGUGCCUGAUGGAAGAGAUUCAUAUGAUGGAAAGGAUGCAGGAAUCAAACCCUUUGGAAACAGGCUUGGAUUUAAGUCUCAGGAGAAACUGCAGAUACUUCAAACUGGCAGGAUAAUUUCUGAAUAUAAUAGAGUUGAGAGGUCUGUCGACAACAGUUUCUCAUUUUCACCACUUCAAAGAAUUCCUCCUUGUGUCCAAACCAGUGUUUCUAAUAUAUAUGGGAAUGAUUUUAUGAAUCCUUCAGUAGUAUCGCAAGAUGUCAAAGCACACAGGGAAAAACGUUACAAAUGUGAUGAGUGUGGCAAGGCCUUUCGUGUAAAGUCAGUCCUUUUAAGUCAUCAGACAGUUCAUACUGGAGACAAACCUUACAAAUGUGAUGAGUGUGGCAAGGCCUUUACUCACAGCUCAAACCUCAGGAGACAUCAGAAAAUUCAUGCAGGACAGAAAUUUAAAUGUGAUACAUGUGACAAAGUCUUCAGCCGAAAUGAAAACCUUGCUGGUCAUCAGAGGAUUCAUACUGGAGAGAAACCUUACAAAUGUGAUGAGUGUGGCAAAGUCUUUUCUCACAGAUCAACCCUCAGGAGACAUCAGAAAAUUCAUAUAGGAAUGAAAUUAUUUAAAUGUGAUAUAUGUGACAAAGUCUGCAGCCGAAAUGCAGACCUUGCUGUUCAUCAGAGGGUUCAUACUGGAGAGAAACCUUACAAAUGUAAUGAGUGUGGCAAGCAGUAUAGUUACUCUUCACAGUUAAUAAGUCAUAAGAGACUUCAUACUGGAGAGAAACCUUACAAAUGUGAUGAGUGUGGCAAGGCCUUUCGUGUUAAAACCUUCCUUAUAAGUCAUCAGACAGUUCAUACUGGUGAGAAACCUUACAAAUGUGAUGAGUGUGGUGAGGCCUUUCGUCUAAAGUCAACCAUUUUUAGGCAUCAGACAGUUCAUACUGAAGAGAAACGUUACAAAUGUGAUGAGUGUGGCAAGGCCUUUACUCACAGCUCAUACCUUAGGAGCCAUAAGAAAAUGCAUACAAGAAAGAAAUUAUUGAAAUGUGAUAUAUGUGACAAAAUCUUCAGACGAAAUGUACACCUUGCUGGUCAUCAGAGGGUUCAUACUAGAGAGAAACAUUACAAAUGUGAUGAGUGUGGCAAAGCCUUUUGUGUAAAGUCAGUCCUUUUAAGGCAUCAGACAAUUCAUACUGGAGAGAAACCUUACAAAUGUGAUGAGUGUGGCAAGGCCUUUCGUCUUAAAACCUUCCUUUUAAGUCAUCAGACAGUUCAUACUGGUGAGAAACCCUACAAAUGUGAUGAGUGUGGCAAGACCUUUCGUCUAAAGUCAACCAUUUUUAGGCAUCAGACAGUUCAUACUGGAGAGAAACCUUACAAAUGCGAUGAGUGUGGCAAGACCUUUCAUGUAAAGUCAAUGCUUUUAAGUCAUCAGACAGUUCAUACUGGAGAGAAACAAGGACGAUGUAAUGAGUGUGGCAACAGCUUUCGUGUAAAGUCUACCCUUUUAAGUCAUCGGACAGUUCAUACUGGAGAGAAACUUUACAAAUGUGAGGAGUGUGGCAAGGCCUGGUAUAGGGAACAAGGUAUAAGGAAGGUUGAGAAGUGCUUGCAAACGAGACUCUCAACCAGGGCUGAACAUUCUUGCAAACGAGAUGUUCAGUCAAGAAUCCUCCGUUCCCGUGGGAAAAGAACAUUUAUUGCACACAAGGAUGUUUCCCUGAUUCCUCAAAAGGAACAGACCCUGGGACAAAACGGAUUCUAAGUUGAUAAGGAAGUUCCCGAAAAAGUCUUAGCUGCAGUAAAUAAGGUAAAGGUUGUCUCACCCUGCGCCUGGGCACUGUAUAGUCGCUGAAUUAUGGUGUUUGGCAACUUGCCCUGUAGAUUGUUGUGCAAAAGAUAUAAAGUGAAGCAGCAGUUGUAAAGUAAAAAGAUUCAAACCACUCUGCAGUGUUGGUGUUUCAUUCCGUCGCCAGCAUCUGGCGCCCAACACGGGGCACGACCAAACCGAAAGGGUAAGCACCCCGGGGCGAAACGCUGAAAGGGGGACUUUCGGCAAAAAGAAUAAAAGAAAAGAACCGAAAGGGUAAGCACCCUGGGGGCGAGAUGCUGAAAGGGGGACUUUUGGGAAAAAGAAAAUAAGAGAAAAAGAACAGAAAAAAGAGAAAAGAAAAAGAAAAAACCAUGGAGAAUUCCCCGUCUUUAAAGUCACAAUAUAUGGAGCUGGUUAAGGGGCUCCUGCGUUCUAUAGGAAUUACAAUGUCUACUCGCCGUUUGAGUAAGUUGUUCUGCCUCAUAGAGCAGCAUUACUAUUGGUUUCAAUAUCAAACAAAAGUACAGCUGAAUUUGAAGGAAUGGAGAGUGGUAAAGAAGGACUUAAGAAAGCAACAUCAAAAAGGAAAUGUGAUUUCCUUUAAGGCUGUGGACUCUAUGUAGCGCUAUAAUGCAAACUUUAAAGUUAUUGGCUGCUGAUGGUGAGGCCGUCUCAUGUUCCCUUAAGGAUGAUUCCCUGUGUGAGGAUGUGCCUGUGAGUGAGGAAAAGGAAGGCAAAUGUGAGGAGGGGGCUUCACCUCGGCCUCCACCCAAACCUCCGGAUGACAGUACAGAUUCAUUCAGAGAGACAGAUAGAGAUGUGAGUUCGGGGGAGGAUUCAGAUUCUAUAGAGGCAAUGACCGCUGCCUUUUGGAAGGUUUUAUUAAAUAGAAAACAAACUUCCAAGGCUGUUAACCCUUCUGCACCAUCUUACGCAUCCCUAUUUCCGGUAGCUGUCGACAAGGCUGAGUUAGGGAGAGAGAGUCAGUGGUUUUGGAAGUACGGGACAAAGUAUAUUUUGGGAAAUGCUUAUUAAUGACUCUCGUCCUUUUAUGUCACUGAUCAUUGAAGAUAGACAGUUUGAAGGAUUAGUGGAUACAGGAGCAGAUGUUUCAGUUAUUUCUCUCCAGCAGUGGACUAAUGACUAGAAAAAAGAAAAAAGUCCUCUUGUUUUAACAGGCUUAGGAUCUAUAGCAGAUGUGUGGAGAAGUGCUCAACCUUUGUCAUGCCAAUUGUCUAAUGGAAAAAAAGGAUUUAUUUCUUUUUACAUUGUUAAUACACCUAUUAAUAUCUGGGGAAGAGAUAUUUUACUUUCUUUAGGAACAACACUCACCAUCUCGUCGGGAAACUUGUAGCCACUGCUCAGAUUCCUCGAGCUCUCCCAUUGAAGUGGUUAACUGAUGUCCCUAAAUGGGUUGAGCAGUGGCUGCUUCCAAAAGUGAAGCUCAAGGCUUUCGAACAAUUAGUAGAAGAACAGCUUCAAUCUGGCCAUAUCGAACCUUCCACCUCUGCUUGGAAUUCUCCUGUUUUUGUCAUUAAGAAAAAAUCUGUUAAAUGGAGAAUGUUGACUGAUUUAAGGGAAGUUAACAAAUGUAUAGAACCUAUGGGAGCUUUGCAAUUAGGUCUCCCUUCUCCUGCUUUGAUUCCACAGAAUUGGUUUUUGAUGGUUUCAGAUUUGAAGGAUUGCUUUUUUACUAUUCCUUUGCAAAUAAAAGAUAGAAAUAAAUUUGCUUUUACUAUUCCAGUGUAUAAUCAUGGGCAGUGUCAGUUAACCUUACUAUUUGGAUGGGAAACUUUACUUUGAAUAUUAAUGAUCCUAGAGGGCUGUUUCAAGUUCAUUUGCAUAUUAAUAAAUCUAACUCUGCUAUAGCAUGUGUAAAAUUUCCUUAUUCUUUACUGUAUGGACAAUGGAUUUGGAAUGAAAUUUUGGGAGUUAUAUCAUGUUCUGAUUGUAACUUGACUCAACGUAUAAACCGUUCCUGGUGGGAAAAUGUUGAAGACAAGAUGGUCCAUUCCAGUAAUCACUCUUCGGUCACUGUGAAAGCACGGGCUGGACUCUGGUUGCCUGGGAAUCUCACUCGGACGUGGUCGGGCUCUUUUGCUGUCCCUCCUCUUGUGAACGCUGUGCACACUCUUCUCCAUCGAUCCCGAAGAAUGCUUGGCAUCAUCAUCGCAUCAUUUCUCACUGUGGCUUCAGUAACAGCAACAGCAACUGUAGCAGGUCUUGCUUUGCAUCAGGGCAUACAGACUACUGAUUUUGUCAGGGAGUGGCAUAAGGAUGCUCAUUUAUUGUAGCAACAACAGCAUGAUUUGGACUCUCAAUUGGCUACUGAUGUAUUGAAUUUACAACACACUGUUUCCUGGUUAGGAGAUCAAGUGACUGUGUUAGCUACAAGGAGUAUGUUAAAAUGUGAUUGGAACUCAUCUCACCUAUGUGUAACCCCUGUUCCCUUUAAUAUGAGUGAGAGUUGGGAAAAAGUGAAAAGAUCUUUAGUGGGACACCAGAAUUUAACUGCUGAAAUUAUGGAAUUGGAACAAACUAUAUUGUCAACUUUUAGUAAGACGCUGCCUGAUAUUCUUGGUUCUGAUAUACUGAAGAGUCUUCAAGAAGGAUUAAAUAACCUCAGUCCUUUAGGGCAGGUAUCUACAUUGUUAACAUCCUUUGUGAAUACUUUGUUAAUUGUUGCUAACAAUUGAAAGAAGCAGCUUUGAGUAUUCAAGUGCUUAGUCAGCACCUUCAAGAAAAGAAAGAUGUAGGGAACGAGGUAUAAGGUAGGUUGAGAAGUGCUUGCAAUCGAGACUCUCAACCAGGGCUGAACAUUCUUGCAAACGAGAUGUUCUGCCCAGUGUAGGGAACAAAGUAUAAGGAAGGUUGAGAAGUGCUUGCAAACGACACUCUCAACCAGGGCUAAACAUUCUUGCAAAUGAGAUAUUCAGUCAAGAAUCCUCUGUUCCCUUGGGAAAAGAACAUUUCUUACACACAAGGAUGUUUCUGAUUCCUCAAAAGGAACAGACCCAAGGACAAAAUGGAUUCUAAGUUGAUAAGGAAGUUCCCAAAAAAGUCUUAGCUGCAGUAAAUAAGUUAAGGUAAAGGUUAUCUCACCCCAUGCCUGCGCACUGUAUAGUCGCUGAAUUAUGGUGUUUGGCAACUUGCCCUGUAGAUUGUUGUGCAAAAGAUGUAAAGCAGCUGCAAGAAACAGCAGUUGUAAAGUAAAAAGAUUCAAACCAC